UUGUAAAACAAACAUCUACACCCUCUUGUGAAAGGUGCAAAAUUAUUCCAGAAAUGCCAGAGGCACAGAAGACCUGUGUGCCUAAGCAGACCUAUUAAAAAUCCCAGUGGAUGUUGAAAGUGAGAGGAAUGAGUCAGAAGCACAUGAGCUGUGGAAAAAAAGGGGCAAGCUGAAGACACAAAAUCAUGCAUCUCUGCUUAAUGCCAUCACAUGAUGAGCCCCAAGGCCUUAAUUUAAUCAGAGGGAGGAGAGCAGCAAGAAAGCAUUAUUCCUAGUUCUACUCUGAAGAGGUCUGGAGAAAUAGCAAGUUAACCUAGGCAAGCCCUGGAGUUUGGGAGUCCAGUUUUAUAUACAUCAUGAAACAGGUCUGCCUCCUCUUCCUCCUUGGAUGCCUGCUCAUAGCUGAAGGAAUCUGUCCUGCUGCCGCCACCAGACAUUUUCGAGAUGUGAUGUCUCGAGGAAGAGCAUCUUCUCAUAACAUAUUCCAUAGGAGGCUAAACAACUGGUCCUCUGAUCAUAAUAAUUGGAAUGAUAAGCUCUACCCUUACUGGGAAGAAGGAGACCCCAGAUGGAAGGACUGCUGGAAAGGGGGAAGGGUAGUGGCCAAUCUGACCAGUGACAGCCCAGCUCUGAUAGGAUCCAAUGUGACCUUUACUGUGACUCUGAAGUUUCCCAGAUGCCAAAGAGAAGAUAAUGACAGCAACAUAGUAUAUGACAGGAACUGCGUGAAUGGUUCUUCAGAUUAUUCAGAUCUUCCUGACCAGUAUGUCUACAACUGGACUAAAUGGAUUGAUGACUGUGGCUUGCAAAAUUGCACACAUAACAACAGUCACAAUGUCUUCCCAGAUGGAAGACCUUUCCCUCACCAUCGUGACUGGAGGAGAAGAAACUUUGUUUACAUUUUUCACACUCUUGGACAGUAUUAUCAAAAGACAGGAGGUUCUUCAGCCAUGGUAUCUAUCAACACUACAAAUAUCACUCUUGGUCAACAAAUUAUGGAAGUCUCCAUUUACAGAAGAAGUCGUGCCUCAUAUGUACCAGUAACCACAGUAAAUGUGGUUUAUGUUCUAACAGAUAAAAUCCCCUUCCAUGUGAAAAUAUCCCAGAAGAAUGACCGCAACGCCUCAGAUCAUAUCUUUAUCAAGGACCAACCUAUUACAUUUGAGGUUCAGAUUCAUGAUCCCAGCCACUACUUGAAUGACUCUGUUAUUACCUACCACUGGAAUUUUGGAGAUGGCAGCGGCUCCUUUGUUUCUAACAAUUCUGUUUUCAUGCAUACGUAUACACUCCUGGGGAAUUUCAGCCUUAACUUGUCUGUCCAAGCUAUUAUACCUACAACUUGUGGUCCAAUUACACCUACUCCACCAUUAACAACCCUCCCAGCAGUAACUACCCAACUGCCUCGUAAUGUGACAACUCCUGCUUCUGAUAGUUUAGCAGAGCUGCCAACGGAAGAGGCCCCUGAUAAAGAAUGCCAUAUUACUCGAUAUGGACCUUACAAAGGAUCACUCUUUGUUGUAGAGGGAAUCCUCGGGGUAAAUAUUAUCCAAAUGACAAGUGUCCAGGUGGCAUCCACUCAAGCUGAGAGCUCUGUAGUUGAUUUUGUGGUGACCUGUCAGGGGAGUCUUCCAACAGAUGCUUGUACGAUAAUUGCUGACCCCACAUGCCAGGUCCCACAGAGUGAAGCAUGUGACCUUGUCGACAUUGAGGACGAGUGCUUGCUGACCAUCAGUAGAGCCUUCAAUGGAUCCGGCACCUAUUGUGUAAACAUCACUCUGGCUGAUGAAGCUAGCCUGGCUCUCACAAGUACUCUGGUAUCCAUCAACGGGGCUGCAGGGUCAUUUUCAAGAACAGCAGAGGGAGUUCUGAUCGCCUGUGGUUUCCUAGUGAUAGUUGCUGUUGUCUUGACACUCUUCCUCUACAAGAGGUAUAAACAAUACAAGCCUAUUGAAAGAAAGGCGGGAGAAGCGGUGAACAGCGAGAGGCUGAGUGUGUACUUCAACAAUGUCAAGGCUGUCCUCUUCCCAGCGAACAAUGAGAGACAUCCUCUCCUGAACAACAAGCCAGGAAUUGUCUAACUCUUCAGUAUAACCUCUGAUAUUUGCCUACACUGAGGGCUUUACACUGAACUGUAAUUCAAUUAAAUAUAUAUAUUUGUGGGGUUAUAUGGUAAAUUGACAGUACAUGCAGGAGGCAUAGGAAUGACAGUCGCUCAGUUCAUUUAGAAGUAUAAAAUGGCAUCUCAUGGAGAAUUUGAACACUUAACUUGCUUAUGUUCUUGGAUAUGCUAAAGUAUAUUAACUAAUAAACCAUUUGAACUGGGUAUUAUAUACAGUUUCCUAGAUUAGUGACUCAUGAGUAUCAGCAAGUGUAUUUUGCAGGAAGAAUUUUUGGCCAAAGAAUUUGGGCUUAAGCUGCAAUCCUGGGGAGUAAGUCCCGUGAAAUGCUGUUAGAAUUACUUCUGGGCAAACAGGCUAAAUUUAAUUGCAGUGUUAAAUUGGAAUCCCAGGAAUUCAGUUCUAGGAUCCAUUGUGCAAUAUCACUCAGUUUCAAAUUGACUAAUUUGAAAACUAUUAUCAGCACCUAUAAAACCAUCCAGCCACUUUGUAUAUCGCCUCUCCGAUGGCUUCAAAUGGAUGGAUGUAUCCAAUUUACUCUCCACUAGUUGGACAAGUUGCAAUUAAAGUUUGUUCUGCUUACUAUAUCCUCUACCCUAGAGAUACAUGAGAACAGAAAAUCCUCACUGUAUCAAGAGGAGCAGUAGUCACUGUUUACUGAAAGAUCUGUGGCUUAGCUCCCUAAAGUGUGUUUGUGUGGGACUUUGUAGAGGGAUCAGACAGCACAUCAAUAUCUACAGCCACAUGCCAUGGGUAUUCAGCCACACUAGUCACCUUAAGUGGCGUAGCAGGAAAAUGCUUGACUAACAAGCAGAAGGUUGCCUGAUCGAAUCCCCACUAGUACUAUAAUGGACAGCAGCAAUAUUGGAAGAUGCUGAAAGGCAUAAUCUCAUACUGCAUGGGAGGAGGCAAUGGUAAACCCCUCCUGUAUUCUACCAAAGAAAACCACAGGGCUCUGAGGGCGCCAGGAGUCGAAAUCAACUUGAUGGCACACUUUAGUCCUCUAUACCUCUGUUCAGUAAAAUACAAGAUGUGAUAUUGGCAUGGCAUCGUGGUGCAGGACUGGAGAACCUUUUCCAGUCUUUUCUGCAGAACUUUUCCUGAACUUUAUCUUUAAUAGCAAAGUGCCGAACUGGAAACCUGAGAGGCUCAUAUGCCAAUGUACUGUAGCACAAUGAUUAUAUAUUUGCAUUUCAGUUUAUUAUCUGAGGACAAAGCGAUACCUCCCCUAAGCUACUUGUUUAUUGCAAAAACUGUGCUAUGCUAUUUUUUGUUGGAAACCUCACUUUAAUACAGGGGAUAAAUUGAAUGAAAGAACACCAAUAUCAUUUGAGUUUAACAAUGGUGCAAAUAUUGGAAAUAUACUUGAUUGUUCAGCUGUGGCAAGAAGGAUAGCAAAAUAGGACACAGGAUUUGUUUCAGAACUUUCUGCAUCUUGCUACUUAUUCAGCUAUAGAUAAGAAUAUCAAAUCAUAUCUGACACCUAUCCAUCUUUCUGCCCAACAUAAAAUAUGUAAUAGCAAUUUGAUUUUAACUGUGCUGAAUGUUACUUGAGUUUAAAUCUGCUUCUUCCUAUUUAUACUUCCAAUUUGCAAUUUAGUUCCUGGUUUGGCUGCUACCUGAAGAUUCCUACCUUUUAUUUCACUCCUACUCACAUAUGGCUGGAGUCCAAAUUCCUCCAAUUCAACAGCUGCCUUGAGGCCACCAUUCCCAAAUCCACCCUGCCAUGACCAAUUCAAAGAUGAAGGGAGCUCUGUGUGGCUGUUGACUAGAGAGCUGUGAAUUGUCUUCAACUGCCAAACUAGAUGACGCUUCCAUACAUACUCCCCGCCACCAUGUACUCCUAUUAUAGCUGUACCCUAUGUAUUAUCAUUGUAAGUCACUUUGGUAGCCAGGCUGAAUAGUGGAGAAUGCAUGCUAUAAAGAAAUCACAGAGUUCUGUCCUCUGCAAAGGAUUGAUGAUCUGAGAUAGGAGAAGGUGGAAGAAAGUGGGAAAGGAAUAAGGAGAAUCCUUGGCCCUUCCUUUCCUCUUUGGUCAUUCUGUCAUUGACAACCUUUGCAAAUUCUGAAGGUAUUAAAAUUAACAACUGCAUCCUAAACCUGAAGUGAUUGCAUGAUAGCAGAAUCAUUCCUUUUCCCCAGUGGUACUUAUGGACACUUUUCCAUGAAACAAAUGGAGCGCUUUGGUGCUUUUCCCAAGUUGGGGAUGGGCUGAUCUAUAAAGUGACAAAAUGCAAAAGAGGACAGUGCUCCUGUAACUUUAACAGGUGAAUAAGUCAUAUUUAACACAAAGGUACAUUAAUAUGGAGUUAAAGCUGUUGUGUAUUUUUAGGGCCUAUUCCUUCAAGCAAUUCAAGAUGUGCCUUAAUUCCACAGUACACCAAGGACUGCUGCGCUAUAGCAUUGGUGGAGCUAGGGUUAUUAAAUUACUAAUGGCACAAAAUUGAAAUGUUGCAUGAAGUGUUUUCCGGAAAAUUGUUAAAAACACAACUGAACUGCCCUUAUCCAUGUUAAGAUGGAAGUUGACAUAGCAUUUUUCAGAAGAUUCUGGAAAAGAAAGACUGAUUUUGAACAGAGAUGUUCCCCUUGAACCAUGAAAAUGGUUUACAUGAGGAAAUAACUCAACAUAAUCCUACUGAAAUUUUAAAAAAGACAAAUGAGGAAUGCUUAACAUCCUUUUAAUUUCUAUACUUUGACUUUCCUUCUCAUGUCAGCCAGUGUUAGCAUCUUACUAUGUUAACAAUAGUAAGUAAUAGUAACAAUGUUAGCAUCUUAUAAACUGGAUCUAUCAGUGUUAAAGAUUUUUUUAAAGGAUUAGGAAUGUGAAUUAGUUUCCACUUUUAAAAUUCUAUUGCAGGGUACACACCUAAGAAAGGCUGGAUGGUGGGAGAGUUAAGUGGUUAUGGUUAAGUGACAUGAAUGAAAGGGACUGAAACUGAAGUGUUUCAUGUAAGGUGCACACAAAUUACAUUAUGAGAAAAACUAAUUUGUAAGAACAAUGGCUGACACAAGAAAAAAUACUCUUCUGUGGAACUGCUUUAAGUAAUUUUCCUCAUGUCAGCAAAAUCAUCCCGGAAAUUGGAGAAUAAUUAUAAUUAGGGUUCUAGGUAGCCAGUAUAUUUCUUCUGAAUGAACAUUUGAAUGCAAGAUGUAAUGCAGUGAUUGCCAUGCUACAAAUGUCCGUUUCAAAGUAUGUUCCAAACUGAACUGUUGUAUGGUUGAUAUUUUAACCAACAAAAGUCCUUGUAAAAUCGUCUGGGCUUCCUGCCAAGAAAUAAAAUCCUUUUUGUCCACCUUCUUGAAAUUCCCAAUAAAUAUUUUUGUUUGGUUUUA